AUGCAGCGGCUAGCCAAAAUGAAAUUUAAUAAGAAGAAAAAGUUUUUUAGAAAUGUAAAAAACACCGAUAGUAACAGAAGAAAAAACGCUGACAAUUCUGAAGUAGAAUCGGAUGAAAUCCUAACGUCCGAGGCGUCAGAAGAUGAUAAACUGACCCUUGUAAAUAAAAAGAAAAAACGAAAUAACGAAAAUAAUGAAGAGAGUGAUGAUGAAGAAUUUAGUAACAAGAAUUACUCUGAUCAGGAAGAAAAUGAUGAUACAUACAACAACCCUGAGGAAAGGAAAAUGUAUUUAGCAAAAAAAUAUCUAAAAGAUUUGGGAAUUGAAAGUACGGAUGGAGAUGAUAGUUCUAAUGAAUCAUCAACACAUGAUGGAAAUGAAGAAGCAUCAGAAAGAAGUAAAUUAAGUGACAACUUUUCUUCUGAUGAAAAUGAAGACAAUAAAGAAAAAAUAAAUAAAAUGUUAAUGGAAAAAGAAAAAUCAAAAAAUAGUAAAAUUCUUUUAAAUUUAGAAAACAAAAUAAAAAUAUUUCGUGAUGAAAAAUUAUUAUCAAAUAUAUUGAAUAAUAAUAAUAAAAGGGGGCAUAAAAAUCUAGAACAUAUGAACAGUUCAGGUAAAAAUAUUAAAAUGGAUGAAAAUGUCUUAUUUUUUGGUGGUCAUAAGAAAAGUGUUACCUGUGUUGCGUGCCCGGAUUUCAACUUGUCCUUUUUCGACCACUACGACUAUAAGCUGGACCAUGAGAAAUAUAAAUACGAUAAUAAGCAUAACGGCAAAUACGAUGAGAACAGUGUACCUUCUGGAUGGAAUAGAGAUUAUUUUUACAAAAAUAGUAGCUCUCGUUACGAGAGCAUUGACGAUUUUGAUGAUAAUGAUCAUUAUCUUCAUGGUGAUAGGCAUCCUGAUUGUGUUCAUCGUAAUUCAAAUGGUUAUGGUGAAAGUAUUUUGGAACCAAAAAAUUUUGAAAACACCUCAAUUAAUACAGUAUACACGGGUGGAAAAGAUGCAUGUAUUAUUGAGUGGGAUUUAACUAGAGGAGAAAAGGUUCAUAUAUAUAAGGGAGAUUUAAGCUCAUUUAAAGAUUUUGGAAAUAAAAGUGGUAUAAAUCAUUUUAAAAGUGUAAUGGACAUAUGUUGUAACAAGUUUAAUUCUUUUUUUAUAUCCGUUGGAUGUGAUAAUUUAAUUAACAUAUGGGAUAAUAGAGUAAAUAAGAGUUGUACGAAUUCAGUUAUAGGACAUAAACAUAUUAUUAGUGCAGUUAUUGGAUGUAAUGAUAAUACUGAUGAAUUAAAUAUGGAACAUAAUUUUUUUACUUCCUCAUAUGAUAAAACAAUAAAAUUAUGGGAUUUGCGAUUUUUUAAUAAAUGUAUAAAUACAUACUUAGGACAUACAAAUACCAUUUUAUCUAUGAAUUCAUUAAAUCAAAAUAAAUUAAUAACUAGCUCCAGUGAUUAUACUGUACGUGUGUGGAAUACAAAAAAUGAUAAUCAUAUAUUAUUUAAUAUAAAUUAUGAAAUUAUCGAAUCUUGUUGCACAUUAAAUAAUAAAAUAUUUAUUGCAGGAACAUUUACUGGUCAUUUUUAUAUUUUUACUUCCUCUUAUAAAAAACAUAUAUGCAUACAUAAAAAUGCACACAGUUCAUAUUCUAUAACAGCACUUACAAGUAUUCCAUAUACCAACAUUUUUAUUUCUGGAUCGUAUGAUGGUUAUGUUCAUUUUUGGCAAUAUAAAAAUAUUAACAAAACGUCAGGAAGUGUUCAUAAAAUUCUGACUGUUCAGGUAAAUGGUACAAUAAAUAAAUUUUCUUUUUCACACAAUUAUAAAUACUUAUUUGUGGCAGUUGGAGAUGAGAUGAAACAUGGCAGGUGGACGAGGACAAAAAGUAAAAAUGGACUUGCUGUUAUACCGAUUCAGUUUAUGUCCUAA